AUGCCGACUCUCGAACCAUACAAAGGCGACUAUUAUCUGUGGAACUACGUACCUAGCCUGCCGGCAGCUGUAGCAUUUACUGCUGUGUUUAGCUUUCUGACCACAAUGCAUACCUGGAAGAUGGUCACAACAAAAUCGUGGUUCUGUCUUGCAUUCGUCAUUGGUGGCCUCUGCGAAGUCGUCGGAUAUCUCGCUCGUGCCGGCGCCUAUAAUGCCACCGGUUCCUUGAUGCCCUAUCUCAUCCAAGCUAUUUUCCUAGUGAUAGCCCCAGUCUUCUUCGCCGCAUCACUAUACAUGGUAUAUUCUCGCAUUGUCCGAGCGGUACAUGGUGAAUUAUUUUCGCUGGUUCCACCACGCUGGACGACAUGGAUCUUCGUUGUUGGAGACUGGACUUGUUUGAACAUUCAAUCAGGGGGCUCUGGAUUGCUGAAUCACGCCAGCCUCGCCUCCAUUGGGAACUAUAUCAUCGUUGCUGGGUUGAUUGUCCAGGUCUUGCUGUUCGUUGGCUUCAUGAUCUGUUGCGUCAUCUUCCACAAGCGGUUCGGGGCACAUAUAGCAAAGACUGGAGCUAUAAGCAAUGCCCCCUGGAAAUCGUGCCUGCAUAUGCUCUAUACGACGUCAAUCCUUGUUCUGAUACGGAACAUCUAUCGAAUUGUCGAGUUCAUGAUGGGACAACAUGGGUAUCUUCUGGAGACGGAGUGGCCGCUGUACGUCUUCGAUGGGGCAUUGAUGAUUCUGGUCAUGAUCGCGUUCUACAUUUGGUACCCUGCUCGGCUACAACCAAACUCCAGAGAUUCGAUGAUCGAGCUCCUGCCUGUCUCCACAGUGUACGGUGGCUUGGCUCCAGGGACAGAAACUCUCUCUCUGUCUCUCUCACUCUUUUUGUUUGCUUCAUCGAUCGUUACUUUACCACUCGUUAUUUGCCUACUCUGUGCAGAUGACUCUGAAGCGAAUAGCUUCAUUUCAUCCAUCAACCUAACGACAUUUUUCUACUCGUACCCGAUUUAUUACCAUCGACUUACGAUAGCCUUCCAAUUGAUGAUGAUCGAUCUUGAACGCCGCCUGUCACUGUCAGGCGUGCAAUGGACAGUAUGCAAUACCACAUUAGAAAGCGAGCGCAUAUCCGAAGUGCCUCUCUGGGAUAAUGGCUGGACUUUCCAUCAUCUCGGUCUUAUAGUGUGCGCCGCCUGCGGUUUGAUAGGGAUAGUUUGCUCUCUUUUCUUAGCGUUUAUGCAUGCGACACAUUAUAGUAAACCUCGAGAACAACGACAUAUUCUGCGAAUCUUAUUUAUGGUCCCCGUAUACUGCACCGAAUCAUUCCUUUGUUUCCUCUUCUACCGAGAAUCCGUCUACUUCGAAGUCUUGGGAUCGUGCUACGAAGCCUUCGCCCUUUCGUCGUUUUUCACGCUGCUAUGCCACUACGCUGCGCCCGAUCUGCACGCGCAAAAGGAUUAUUUUCGUAUGAUUCGACCAAAGGAAUGGCUCUGGCCGCUUAGCUGGUUCGCAAAAUGUUGUGGUGGACAACGUGGGUGCUGGAGGACUCCUCGGAGCGGUUUGACAUGGUUCAACAUUAUUUGGACCGGCAUCUAUCAAUAUUGUUUCAUUCGAGUCGCCAUGACUAUAGUUGCAGUUGCUACGCAGGCAUUCGGCAAAUACUGCGAAGCUUCUCUGAGUCCUGCAUUUGCUCACGUUUGGGUCCUUGUUAUUGAAUCUGUGGCGGUUUCGAUUGCUAUGUACUGCUUGAUCCAGUUCUACGUCCAAGUUCACGGUGAUAUGGCACAAUAUAAGCCUUUCUUGAAGAUUACCGCAAUCAAGCUGGUCAUUUUCCUAUCAUUCUGGCAAACGACUGUGAUUUCUUUCUUGUCAUCGUCCGGCGCCAUCAAGCCAUCCGAGAAACUGGCAAAUCAAGACAUCCAAAUCGGCGUCCCGAAUCUUCUUCUAUGUAUUGAAAUGGCGCUCUUUUCAAUUCUUCACCUCUUCGCUUUCCCGUGGCAACCAUACCAAUUGAAAAACCAGCAAGCCUCAGACGAUCCUCAAUACAUCAACGGUCAGAUUGCUUACCAUGGCGGUUUCUUGGGAACAAAGGCCAUGAUCGAAACCUUCAAUUUGUGGGAUUUGGUGAAAGCCGUUGGACGAGGUUUCCGAUGGCUGUUUGUCGGUUAUAAGACACGUACCAACGACCCGAGCUAUAUGCAUCGUGACGACAGCGCUUUCUCUCUCAAGGCCCCGAAUACCGCUGACCCGCAGACAAGCAUACCGGGGCCGAAUGUAACUGCAUAUGGAGGCCCAUCGCAUCUUGAUACCGCCUAUCAUCCAGGCAAUCAAUAUGAAACUGCGAGUGAUGAAGGUCAAGAGCUUCUUUCACAUGCACAGAGCAAUCCGCAUUCGCCGUAUCCAGCUCAUAGAGGGACGGCAUUAGACACACUUUCGGAUGAAGAAAGCACCACUGGUGGUGGAUAUCCACAUGCGCAUAAUCGCUAUUACAACGAUUCAUAUGACCUCGAUGUGCCGCCGAGAGCUGGCAAUCUUUCAACAGCCGAGCCACGACCUAUAUCUCCUCAACCGUAUAGGCCAUAUCAUCCGUCACAUAGUCCAUAUGAAGGAGCUUAAGGUAUUCUUUUCUCUAUAAAACAGCCUAAUGCUUUCUUCACCUUGCAUUUACCUCAUGAUCUUCAUAUCCCAUGAUGAUGUCCCCGGAUCUGGUAGUAACGACCAUGCCAGUUCGUUUUUUCUUCUUAAUAUCGGUCAGUAUUUCACAUGUCGAUGAAUCUGUACUUUAUUUCCUCUUUUGCCUUGAUUUUUCAACUUUCAACUUUCAAUUUUCAUUUUUCAUGCUCAUGAUAUCCCACGUGUCUUGGUGUAUAGAAUUUACCUCGUCUCAUGACCAUCAUACCAGUUCAUAUCUCCUCAGGUUGGGACCUCUUUUUUCUCUUUCUGGACUGGCUACCCUGAAUCUCCACAGCCCCGAAUCUUCCUUGCAUUAUUGUCUCUAUCCUCAUUCUCUUUAUGUUGGAAGUUUCUCUUUCCAGGAGUUUAUAGCGACUCGGGCAGUAUUAUAGGUUUGG